AUGACACCUUUUAAAGCAGUGUAUGGACGGGACCCUCCCACACUUACACGUUAUGGAUCUCCUAUGUCACCAAUUGAUGCAAUAGACACUUAUCUACAAGAAAGGGAUGAUACACUUCAACUUCUCAAGGAACAUCUCUUGGCCGCCCAGUCCAAGAUGAAAGUACAAGCUAACAAACAUUGACGAGACAUAGAGUUUCAAGUGGGAGAUUUGGUUUAUAUCAGGCUCUGACCUUAUCGUAUGAAAUCAUUAGCCAAGAAAGCUAAUGAAAAACUGAGUCCCAGAUAUUUCGGCCCCUACCCUAUCCAAGAGCACAUUGGCCAGGUGGCAUACAAAUUGGAACUUCCCAACUCCAUCACUAUUCAUCUAGUUUUCCACAUUUCUCAACUUCGCGAGUCUGUUUACUAUCAACCCAUUCCAGGCAUACUGACUAAUGCUUGGGAAUGGAAGGUGACCCCCAAAGAUAUCCUCGUCAUUCGGAAUUCCUCUUUUGACACAGAAGUCUUGGUCAAAUGGGCUGAUCUCCCUGAUUUUGAAGCUACAUGGGAAUUAGCUUCAUCCCUCCACCAGCAAUUUCCGAACUUCCACCUUCAGGACAAGGUGAAGCACAUGGGGGGGAAUAUUGAUAAUGCUCCAUGCACAUAUGCUAGAAGGAAGAAGGCCCAAAGCCCAAUAAGUCAAUAA